AUGCUUUCGAGGCCUUUCAUUCCUGCUGCUGCUCUUGCGGGGCUCAGAGAACAAGUCCUUUCCCCCAAGAUGCUCGCGGACGCCAUGGAGGCCAUCACCGCAGCUUUCUACUUGUCCAACAGGGGCCUUUUGGGGGGCCCCCGGGGCCCCUCGGAGGCUCAGCAAGGCCCCAUGCAGGCUGCGCCCCUCGGGGGGCCCCCCCAGCGCUCGCAGGGGCCCCCCGGCUCCUUCAGGGGCCUCCUGGCUGCUGCAGCCUUCAUUGGGCAGUUCGUGUUGCAGGGGGGGCCCCCAGCGCCUGGGAAGGGGCCCCAGGCCCACACUGGCGCCGGGGAGUCCCAAGAGCCUCCUGAAAGGGGCCUCAAGGCGAAGCAGCUGCCCCCCGUGGUUAAUGUCUUGUCUGCUGCAGCAGCAGUCUCUGCAGCCAUUUGCUGCGGGCCCCCACUGAGCCCCCAGGGGACCUCCAGAGACCCCAAAGACACAUUUGAACAGGCAGAAGAAGAGGACUUUCUCUGCACUUUGCUGCUGCCAGCAGGAGUGCCCCACACUCCGCUGCACCCCGACCGCCGAGUGGCUGUUUUGCUGCAGCAGCUGCUGAGGGGGCCCCGCGAAGGCAGCAGCAAGCCGCAGGCUGCUGCGAUUCCGGCUUCCUGCUGCAGCAGCAGCGGGGCUGGUAGCAGCAUUUCAGAACAGACUGUCUCAGACUUGUGGCUGGCCCCUGCGCGGGACCUCCUUAACUGCUGCUACUCCCAAGAAGCACUAGACUGCAAAACAGCUGCAGCAUUUUGGAAGGAAAGGGGCCUCUGUCCCCGCCUCGUGGCUCUCGCCCGGUCAGCAGAGGUGCCGGGGGUCCCCCAAGGGAGCCCCCAAGGGGGCCCCCAAGAAAAUUACCAGCUGCUGGAGUUUCUGGGGGACUCUGCGCUGAGCCUGCUGGUGUCGGAGUGGCUCUUCUGGAGGUUUCCAGAAGCCCGCGAGGGGCCCCUGACAAUGGCGAGAAGCAUUUUGGUUUCGAAUGCAUUUUUUGCUGCCAAGAUGAUCCGCAGGCUGCAUGCAGCAGGAGUGCCCCUGGACUCUCUCAUCGUCGAGAGCGGGCAAGGGGCCCCCCAGCUCGAAUUGUGUCUCUGCUUGGGGCCCCCCGGGGAUGGGGCCUGUGGGGAGGGGCCCCCCCCCGGAAGCAGCCUUCUGGCGUGCCUGUGGCAGCAGGCAGAAGCAGCAGGCUGCGGGCUGCGGGCUGGGGGCCCCUGCUGCUGCUGCUGCCGCCGCUGCAGCAGCACCAAGAAGAAGCAUGUUGUGCAGCGGCUCGUCCAACUGCCCCCUGAAGAGGACUUCGCGCGGGAAGCAGCAGAACUGAUCUCACGCUUGACGCUCCCUCACAACACUCCCGCUGCUGCUGCUGCUGCUGCUGCACAACCCAGGGAUGAUAGCAGCAGCAGCAGCAGCAGCAACAGCAGCAAUGCGCCGAAGUGGAUUAAGCAGCUUGGGGACGUCUACGAGUCCCUAGCAAGUGCUGCGCUUCUAUCGUCGGGCUUUUCCCUUGAGGCGCUUUGGGCGGCAGUUGCUGCAGACUUUGAGAGCUGCAUGCAGCAGGUGGAGUCCUUUACCCUAGCUGUGAAGGGCCUCAAAGCUCCUCAAGUGGGGCCCCUGCCAGACGACUGA